AUGCCACAGCCUCACGAGCCUAUCACGGCCAUCAACAAGUCGCCACUGUUACAAGUGUUGACAUGGCUCCUUCUCAGUAUAACUCUCUUUGCUGCCUUUGCUCGAAUCGGGACCAAGUUGGUCAUGGUCAGCAAGUUGAAGUUGGACGACCACUUGGCCAUAUUAGCAACUCUCGCUGCUGUUGGCCAGUCUAUUGCUGUUUUUGUUGGAUGCAGAAAGGGCCAUGGGGCACACUUCGACACAUUAACCAGUGCGCAAAUCUCUGUCGCCCUCAAAUCUGAAUAUGCUGCGAAUAUUCUCUUCAUCGCAGGUCUCGUACUCGCAAAGCUAUCACUCGCAUCUUCCGCAACCACCUUUGGCCUUGGCAACCAUCGCCGUGCCAUCUUGCGUACUUCGAUCGGCGUCAUCAUCUGGGGAGCUGUAGCCCUUUUGGUAGUCAUGUUUCAGUGUCAACUACCAGCACCAUGGAACCAUAUAAACAAGUCAUGCAUUAACCGAGCGGCAUUCUGGACUUACUUCUCAGUCACUAAUAUUAUCACCGAUAUUGCACUCGUCGCAAUCAUGGUCGAUGUUUUCAGGCAUAUGCAAGCCUCCCGGGCUCGGAAAGUCGUAGUUAUUGGUGUAUUCGGGAGUCGCGUCUUCAUGAUUCCAGUUAUCAUCUGCCAGAUUGCGUACUCCUUCAAGUCCAUGAACUCUGGUGAUCCAACCUUUGACAUGUGGCAGUAUACAGUGAUUAUGCAGGUCAUGCAAACACUAAGCAUCGUCACCAUAUGUGUACCGGCCUUCAAACCUUUCCUCGAGAGCCUGGAGUCUGGGCAGAUGAGCGCGGACGACCUCCGUCGGCAAGGAAAGAAAGGCGCCAACGGCUAUAGCAGCGACGUAGUCGAUUAUCUCUCCGGUAGGAGUAAUAACACCGGCCCUGGUGUUUCCAACCACUCUGCGGUUUCUGCAAGUAACGAGGUACCAACUACAGUAACAACCUCACUGUCAAAUAAAGCGUAG